AUGUAUACUAAUAUAAAUAAUAUUUCAGAAUAUUUAAUAUCCCAUAAAUGUACUUUGGGUAUUCAUACUUUGGAAAAAUUACUAGAAAAUAAUGCAAAAGAUAAUAGAAACAAUUGUAUAAAUGCAAUGGUGAAUAUUCUUACAAAUAAUUCUAAAAAAAUUCUAAAACAAUCAUUAAAUUUAAAAUAUCAAAAAGAAAAAAAUAAAAAUUAUAAAAAUAGAUCAAAAGAAAAAAGUGAUAAUAAUAUAGAAACAUAUAUUUUAGAUUAUACUAAAGAUUAUGGUAUUACAAAAUCUAAUAAUAUAUAUAAAAACGAUAUUAUAUAUUUAGAUAAUGAAUUAUCAAAUUAUAAUUCUAAUAAUUUAUUAAGAUAUAUAAGAAAUGAUUGUGGAUCAUGGAAUAUAUCUAUACCAAAUGAAUUAGGUAUACCUAAAGAUAAAUUUGAAAAAAUAAUCUUUGAUAAAUAUAUAGAAUUCUGUAAAACUCAUAAUUAUAAUGAUUCAUUUGCAAAUUGGGCUAAAUUAUGUGAAGAUAAAUAUGAAAUACCUAAUUCAAUAAUCCAACAUGCAAAUAAUGGAUGUCAUGGUAUAAAAGAAGCUUUAUAUAGAAUUAGAAAAGUAGAUAUAAGAUUAAAUGGAAUUCCUAAAGAUCUAAUUUUAGAUAUACUUAGAAUUGGAACUGUUUCAAAUUUAAAAAUGAAUUAUAUGAAUAAAAAUAUGGAUAAUAUACAAAAUAGAGCAAGACUUAUAAUAGGAAAUAGUAAUAUAAUAUCAAGAAGUGAAACUAUAAAAAGUGAUACUAUAGAUAAUUCAAAUAAUAAAUUAUCUAAUUUAAGAAAUUUAAAUGAAGAUGUAUAUAAAGAGGGAUUACAAGAUAAUAUCUCUACAUCUAAUAAAUUAAUGUCUAUUAAUAUGCCACAACAUUUAUUUUUAAAAGAAGCUAUUAUAUCUCAUAAAAUAAAAGAUAAAGAAAUUUUGGAUAAAAAAUUAUUAUAUAAUAAAGAUUCAUGUUAUGUAAAUUCACAAAGAUAUUGUAAUUGUGAUCCAAGUAAACUUAGAGAAUUAUUUUCAGAAAAAUAUAAAAAUAUAAAUAUAAUGAAUAAUUCAAAUAAUGAAAUAUUACAUUUAUGGAUGGGAUCUUAUGCAAUAGCAAGAAAUGAUAAAAGAAUUAAAGGUGGUGAAGAUGGUUGGUUUUUAGCAGAAUAUCUUCAAUGUAUGGGUGUAGCUGAUGGAGUUGGAGAAUGGGAAAGUCUUAGCGGUGUAAGUGCAAGAGAAUUUUCUAAUUUAUUAAUGAAGAAUACAUUAAAAGCAUUAUAUGAUCCAAAUAUUAAUUUUCUUAAGAAAGAUAGAUUAUACUUAGAUAAUAUAUAUAAUAUAGAAGAAAAAUAUUUGAUUAAAUAUCCAUCAAGUAUUGCAAAAGCUGCAUUACAGAGAAGUUUAGAUGAAUGUGAUAAUUCAGGUAUUCAUGGUGCUAGUACUGCUCUUGUAAUGUGUUUUGAUAAUGUAAAUAAUAUUGCUGGGUUUGCAAAUAUGGGAGAUAGUGGUGCAUUAGUUUUGAGAAGAAUUCAAUUUGAUAGUGGAAGGAUGGAAAUUGUAAGACGUGUUAAGGAGAUGCAACAUGAUUUUAAUUGUCCAUAUCAAUUUGCAAGAUUACCUGCAGAAAAGGAAUGGUUAAAAUUAAUGAAAGAUGGUUAUAAUGAGAUAGUAAAAAUAGCAAUAAUGGAAAAAGAAUGUAAAAUGAAUAAUCAAGAAACAAAUUUAUUAGUAUGUGAUAGUCCAGAAAUGAUAGAAUUAUUAGAUGUUAAUAUUAAAGAAGGUGAUUUAAUUAUAAUUGGAACGGAUGGAGUAUUUGAUAAUUUAUUUGAUGUAGAAAUUAGUACAAUAGUUGGUCAAGUAUAUUCGCCGUAUGAAUCAAAGAUACUUUAUGGAGAAAUAGGAAAUACAACUACUCCUAUGGCAAUUGCAAAAGCAAUUGCUUUAUCAGCUUAUUAUAAAUCUUUAGAUCCAAGGUCCAAGACUCCAUUUGCUAAUCAAGCAAAGAAACAUCUAGGAGUAAGUAGUAAUGAUCCGAAUACAAAUUCAGCUUAUCUAGGUGGUAAAGAGGAUGACAUAACUGUCCUCGUUGCAUGGGUAGUUAAUCAAAAAGAUUUAGCUAAACUUAGUAGUUCAGAUAUUUCUGUAUUUGAUCUUCAGUAA